AUGUCCGUGGUGCCGCCCAACCGUUCGCAGACCGGCUGGCCCCGCGGGGUGAACCAGUUCGGGAACAAGUACAUCCAGCAGACGAAGCCGCUCACGCUGGAGAGGACCAUUAACCUGUAUCCUUUGACCAACUACACCUUUGGCACGAAGGAGCCCCUCUAUGAGAAGGACAGCUCGGUGGCAGCUCGCUUCCAGCGCAUGCGGGAGGAGUUCGACAAGAUCGGCAUGAGGCGGACGGUGGAAGGGGUUCUGAUUGUCCACGAGCACAGGCUGCCCCACGUGCUGCUGCUGCAGCUGGGCACUACCUUCUUCAAGCUACCUGGUGGUGAACUCAAUCCAGGAGAAGAUGAGGUGGAAGGGCUCAAACGUUUGAUGACAGAGAUACUGGGUCGUCAGGAUGGUGUUCAGCAAGACUGGGUGAUUGAUGACUGCAUUGGCAACUGGUGGAGACCAAAUUUUGAACCUCCACAGUAUCCCUAUAUCCCAGCUCACAUUACAAAACCAAAAGAGCACAAAAAGCUUUUCUUGGUGCAGCUUCAAGAAAAGGCUCUGUUUGCAGUUCCCAAAAAUUACAAGCUGGUUGCUGCACCGUUGUUUGAGCUCUAUGACAAUGCCCCAGGAUAUGGCCCCAUUAUUUCCAGCCUUCCUCAACUUUUGAGCAGGUUCAACUUCAUUUACAACUGAAUUUCCUGCCUAACCUGGAGAGCCUGACAGAAGAAGCCGUCUCUGUGAGCACAGCUGUACAAAUGUAGAGGAAAAAGAACUGAAGUGUGACACAAGGAUCUGAUGAUUUUUGGGGUUUUGUUUUCUUUGGUUGUUGUUGUCAUUCUUUUCCUGAAGGCCACUGAACUUUUCUCCUGUAUUGAUUAGAGAAGUGAAAUCUCAGCUGUUUAGGUAGCAGGCUAGCAGAGUGGUAUCAGUGUUGGAAUCACUUUUUUUUUCAUUGUAAUACU